CUGGUAGGUAGCAGCAAGCGGCGAUGUGGGACAUCGAGGGUGCCGACAUCAAUUGCUCUGUGUCUCUUAGCUAGCAGAGAUCUAACGUCGCUGCAUACUUACUGCGCUGCGCGAAGUGCGCACAGCACUUGAGCAAGAGGAAGGAAAGCCUCUCUGUACUGGUCGCAGAGCACAUGCAGCUCGACGCUCUCCGCGAGGACGUCGACGCGCCGCGGGACGCACCCGUCCAGCGGCGCGGCGACGUCCUCGCGGAGCUCCGGCGGGGCGCGGCGACGCGCCCCGUGCUGGAGGCGCUCGAGGAGGCGGUCGCCGAGCGGCGCGGGUCGGCCGCGGCGAAGCCGACCGCGACCGAGGUCUUCGCGGCGGCGCUCGCCGGCCUGGCCGGCGGCGGCGCGUCGGCGCCCCUCCUGGGCGUGGCCGAGGCGACGGCGGCCGUCGCGGCGCCGGACCUCGUCGAGGCCCGCUGCGCGCAGGUCACGGACGCGCUCCUGCGCGCGGCGCGGCACGACGACGCCGCGGCGGCGCGGGCGGCGGCGCGGUGCGUCGGCGUCGUGCUGGCGCGGCAGCGCGCGGCCGCGUGGCGGCGGCCCGAGGCCCGGGCCGCGCUCGAGCGGCUCAUGGACUGCUGCGUGCGCGACGCGCGGCCCAAGGUCCGGCGGGCCGCCUGCGAGGCCGUCCGCGGCGUCGCCCGGAGCUCGGAGCGCGCCGCGAAGCACGUCGCGCAGCGGUGCCGCGCGGCGCUCGACGCGACGGCGCAGGGGCGGCGGGACGGCGCGCCGGUCCCGCCGGCGGCCUUCCACCUGCUGGGCCUCGUCGAGGCGCUGGCGCCCGCGCCGGGCCUCGCGGCCGCGGCGGCCGCCGCGGCGCUCGCCGGCCGCAAGCCCGACAAGUUCUUCGACGCGCGCGGCCUCCGCGCGGCCGCGGCGCUCGGCGCCGACGACGGCGCCCUGGGCCGCGUCCUCGCGGCGGCGCCGCCGGCGCGCACGUGGCAGGCGCCGGACGGCGACGUCGUCGCCGCGUGGGCCGCCUGCGCGCCGGCGCUGCGCGACGCCGGCGCGGCCGUGCGCGCGCUCGCGGCCGCGGCGCCGCGCUGCGACGCGGCGGCGGCGGCGGCCCUGGAGCGCGUCGUGCGCGCGACGCCGCGCGACGCGGCCGCGGCCGCGGCGCUCUGCGACGCGCUCGGGGCGGCCCUCGCCGAGGCGCCCUCGGACGCCGUCUUCAAGGCGGUCGAGGCCGCGUGCGCCGCGGACCUCGCGGCGCGGGGCCCCCUCGCGGCGCUCGCGCGGCGCGUCGACCGCGCCGCCGAGCGGUCGCCGCGGCGGCGCGCGGCCUGCGUCGCCGCGGUCGCCGCGCUGGGCGUCGCGGCGUACGCGGCGGCGGUCGAGCCGGCGGACGCGCGCGACUUCUGCGCAACGCUCGCGGAGGCCGUCAGGGCCGGCGCCGCAGUGUCGCUCGGGGAGCUCGCGGCGCUCCUCGACAGCGCCGACGCCUUCUGGGCCCUCGCGCCGGCGGUUGCGGCGGCCGCGCGCGGCGACGACGCGGCGUGGCCCGCGUUCGCAAGCCGCUGCGCGGGCGAGGUGGCCAAGGGCGCGAACCGCUGCGCGUGCGAGGCGCUCGCGUGCGUGCCCUCGGCGGCGGCCGCCGCCGCGGCGCUCGCGCCGCUCUGCGCCGCGGCCGCGGCCGCGUCCGACGACGCGGCCUUCGCGGCCGCGGCGCGCCGCGCGCUCGGCGCGGCGGCCGGGCGCGCGCCGCCGGCCGCGGUCGCGAAGCUCUUCCGCCGCGUCGCGACGCGGCUGCUGCGGGCCGCGGCGGCGGACGGCGACCGGGACGCCGCGGGCCGGCUCCUCCAGGUCGGCGCGGCGCUCGCGCCGGCGCUCGCGGCGGACGACGCCGCGACGCUCUGGCGCUGCGCCGCCCCGCUCCUCGACGACCCGGUCCUGCAGAAGCGCGCCUACGGCUGCGCCGCCGAGCUGUGCGCGCGCCACGGCGACGCCGCGUGGGCCGCGGUCCUCGUGGAGCGGGACGCGCCCGUCGCGUGCCGCGCGAAGCGCACGGCGGCGGUGACGGCGCUCGUCGCGCGGCGCGCGGUCCCGAACGACCUCGUCGCGCGCCUCGCGUCGGAGGCGGCGCUCGGCACGCGCGACGCGAACGCGCACGCCCGCAAGGCGGCCUUCGCCCUGCUCGACGCCCUCGCCGCGCGCGUCGACCCCCGGGAGCUGCUGCAGAUGCUCUCCGCCGCGCUCGUGGCGCAGACGGCGCACAUGCGCGCGGCCGGCCUCUGCGCGCUGAGCCGCGUCGUCUACGUCUGCCCGGGCGCGCGGGGCGACCUGCCGGCCCUGCUCGAGGCCGGCGUGCUGCUCCUCGGCGACCCGGCGACGGAGGUCCAGACCGCCGCGCUCCAGUUCCUGCGGGUGGCGACGGCGGCGCUCUGCGGUGACGAGGCGGGCCGCGGCGCCCUCGAGCCGCGGCUGCCGGCCGCGCUCGCCGCCCUCUCCGGCCUGGGCCCGCGCGGCCGCCACCGCGCGGCCGUCAAGGCCCUCGUCCGGAAGUGGUGCCGCGUGUUCGGCCACGACGCGAUCCAGGCGGUCGCGCCGGCGACGGACGCGCCCCUGCUGAAGGCGCUCCGGCGCGCCGAGGCCCGGGGCAAGCGGAAGCGGACGGCUUCGGACGCCGGCGACGCCGGCGACGACGCCGCGUCGUCGUCGGGCCCCGACGACGACUUCGACGUCGGCGUCGCCGCCGACGGCCGCGUCGCCGUCGUCCGCGUCGACGCGGCCGCGGCCGCCGCGCGCGCGGCGCGCGAGCAGGCGGCCGCGGCCGCCGCCGCGCCGCCGCGCCGCCGCCGCAAGGCCACGUCCAAGGCGGCGCGGCGCGGCCGCCGCGCCGGCGGCGACAGGAACCGCGCGGACGGCGUCCAGCCCUACGCCUACGACUCGCUCGGCGACGUCGCGCGGCGGGGGAAGCGGGUCCGGCGCAAGUAAGAGCGAGCGCGGCCCCCGUCAUCGGCAGGGUAGUGGGGUACUAAGAGAGGAAGAGUCGCAUACGGUCCUUGGAGCAGCUCACGGAGACCUAGUACGCUAUAGCCCCGUGCCGUGCAUAGCAGGGAGAAAGCUCUCAAGAGCUUGUUCAUAUUUAUAGGUCUUCCUUAAUUUAUCUAUUUAUUUUAGGGUUGGGGACCUUGCCAGCUAGAGCCUGUAAGACACUAGGGUAAAGGGCACGGCUGAGUUAGCUGGCGCUCGCGAGCGCCGCGAGCAGGACUGCCGCGCCGGCGCGGCGAGCGGCGCCCGCAGCCAUGGCCGCCGCCGCCGACGCCGCGCUCGCGCGGCUGAAGCUGCCGUCCAACGAGUCGCUGCAGGAGGGCCACGCCCUCGCCGCCGACGAGCAGAUCUACCUCGCGGACACGAUCACGCCGCGGCUCCGGCGGCGGCAGGCGACGCUCGCGGCUAUUGAUGUGACGAGCUGCGUCCGCAUCUUUAGAGGUAUGAUCACGAACAACAAGGGGCCCCUCGACCAGCGUUUACGCGAGGCCAUCGAAGCGUACGACCGGGCCGAGGUCUUCUUCGAGACCGAUGUGUUGGCGGAGCCCGACUUACACGGGGAGGACGUGCUGAGGCGGGCGAUGAACACGAUUGUUGGAGGGGAAGAUUUAUAUGGACAUCUCGUCUGGUGCGAGUGCCUCGGGGAUAUUAGCGCCGUCGUCGACGCGGGCGUCCAGCCCGCCGACGCCGUCAAGAUGCGGUGCCGCGUCAUGGAGGCCGUCCGACGGCUCCAGUACCGCCACAAAACGGCGCACAUCCGCUACAAGCAGGUUUAUAUUUUGGAUUUGUCCGAGAUCUCGCUCGGUUCGUUAAUUACGUCCUCGAAAGUCCGGGAGAUGACGAAGGCGAUCGUCGGCGGCGCGAACGACUUCUUCCCGGAGACGCUCUGGAAGUUGUUCAUCGUGAACGCGCCCUUCGUCUUUCGGAGCGCGUACAGCGUCGUGUCUCCCGUGAUCCACCCGACGACGAAGGAGAAGAUCAAGAUCCUCGGGUCGAGCUUCCUGGACGAGCUCGAGCGCAACGGCGUGCCGCUGGUCGCCGUGCCGCGGCGGCUCGGGGGCGGCGCGCCGGACCGGCCUCUAUCUACUCUGCUCGAGGGCCUCGGGCCGACGAACCCGCCGUCGCUCACGGAGCCCGUGCCGCUCGAGGCGACGCUCCCGCCUCCUCAAGCGAUGAACCCUGUUUAAAUUGACGUCUAACCUGAGCUCGCUACC